AAUCAAAUCAACAUCCGUGUUAGGAGGAGUGAAGGGUGGAGACGGAGACGUAAAUAUUGUCCGUCGAAUUGAAAAAGCUCGAAAGUUGAUGGAAGCUCGAUAAAUUGUUCAAUCUGAUGUACCUAAUAUGAUCACCAAUUGUUGACAUUUCGAUUCAAGUUUACUGAUCAAGUCCAACAAUCAACUGUGUCCUUUGCCAAAUUCUAAUGAGAAUGUCUUUCGAUAGAAUUGAACCUCGGAGCUUCGAGUGAAAACGCCUCACUAUUCAGAUCAGAACAUAGUAUUCACGAUGGUUCCUAGACGAUAGGUUGUUGAAUGUUACCUAUUCAAAUGUACAACGAAGAUAGUGAAUUACUUUUUUCCACCGGAGAUGAAGACUUGAGACGUGUUUAUCUAAACCAAAAUGAUGAUUCUUCUUUGGCGUAUGAAAUUUUCGAAAAUAAUGAAAAUUUCAUCGAUAACAAGACUGUCGUGGGUGUACCCACAUUCGAGGGGAAAAAGGCCAAGGUAGAGGUCAGCCCCAGCGAAUCGUCUGUUCAGCAUUACUUUCCUGUGCCUGCCGAAGGUACUCCAGUUAAUAAAUAUCAAUCUAAAUCUGCCGGGCCUUAUUUAUUAGGACCUACGUUCGGGUUUUCACCUGUUCGUAGUAUUGUACAAUGUUUAGCUCGUAAGAAAGGAACUGAUAAAUAUUAUUCUUUGAAGAUUUUAACGUUGCCUGAAGGUGAAGAAGAAACCCAAGAUAUACGUCAGGGUAAAAUGCUUCUUCAUACGGAGUAUUCGUUAUUAUCCUUAUUGCACGAUCAGCCGGAUGUAAUUCAUCAUCAUGGAUUUUUUAAGGACUAUGCCCUCGAAGAAAAAGUCGACUCUGCCGGACAAAUAGUGUUCACUGGUAAAAUUAAGAAGCGUCUUUGUUUAGUAUUAGAUUGCCUUACUGCCCACGAGUUCGAUGUUCAAUCAACGCCGUAUAUUAAUUUACAACAGUAUGUAAUUAAAGAGAAAAAGCUCAAAGAACGCGAGGCUCUGGUCAUUUUUUAUAAUAUCGUAUCAAUUGUCGAAAAACUACAUCGAAAAAAUAUCGUUCAUCGUGAUUUGAAACUGGGUAAUUUCAUUCUGCAUCAGCACACUCAUAAAAUCACCAUAACUAAUUUUUGCUUAGGUAAGCAACUAGUGAACGAGAAUGAUUUACUGACUGAUCAAAGAGGAUCUCCUGCUUAUAUUUCCCCAGAUGUGUUAUGUGGGAAACCUUAUACAGGGAAACCUUCCGACAUGUGGGCAUUAGGAGUUGUUUUUUAUACGAUGCUUUACGGGCAGUUUCCAUUUUAUGAUUCUAGUCCUACGCAGCUAUUCAAUAAGAUUAAAGCUGUUGAUUAUUCAUUUCCUUGCAAUCGAACGAAUCCUGACAUAAUUCACUUAAUAAGAAGACUACUAGUUUUAGAACCUGAUUUCAGAAUGACCGCUGCCGAAGUAAUGGAUAAAUUGAGUGUUAUUAUGAGAGACGUUAUUCCAGUUGGAAUUUCCGAUGAACCUUUGCAAGUCGUUCCUGAUAUCGCUAAAGAGCGUGCAAAUGCGAAUAAACAGAAAAAAUUCCGUUAUAACGAAAAAGAGAAAUCUAUUUUCGAUGGUAACAAAAUCGCCAAGAAGGAGUAUUUUUCGAAUCAUCCGGUGGAAAAUAAUCGAUAUUCCGGACAAAUACCCGUUUUCAAAGUUGGUUCAGAUGCCAGGGAAUUAACAACUCGAGAGCUACAUUAUUAUCAAUCGAUGUUAUCGGGACACCGACACGAUCGAUCGAAUGUUUCCAAUAGAGAUGAUGAUGCCGGGACAGAUAGUAUCGCUCGCGGAUUUAGACUUUUGCCUCGAAUGAGGUUAGAUAAUUCGAAUGAGUCUUCUGCGGACGAUACUUUGACUGUGAGAACUUUCACGAGUCAGCAGCCUAAUCGUGCUACGUGAUUUAUUUAUUUUUAAAUACUGCCGGGUUAUUGGGUACCUAUUUAUAUAAUUUUUUGAGUUACCAUUGUGUGUUUAUUACAUACAUUUUUAUGGCCGGGUCUUAUUCAUAUUCCGAUAUAUAUUUAUUAUGAAACGAAACACGAGUCUGUUUGCAAAUGUCGAAUUUUAUUUUUAUCUUGCUCGCUUUUUUUCCUUCAGUUACUUUACUGUUUCAAUAAAGUUUAAUGAUCAUUA